AGUAUUUUUCACAAUAACCCAUAAAUCCCCAAUUUCGCAAAAACCCUAUCAACUCUCUCCCGAAUUCACAAAGAAACCCUGCUAAUCCAUCGCCCAUUCUUUCAAGUUACAAAAUAUACCUGUUUCUGCCAAUUUCAGAACCCUAGAAAUCGAAUGCAGUUUGGACUAUUAUCAAUAUAGUUCCGUUAUAUUCUAGAUUUGUUUAUCGUCAAUCAUUCAGUAUCGUGCAGCAUUCUUAGAGGAAGAAGACGAUGUCUUGGGAGAACGAGAUCGUAAUGCGUGAUAUCAGUAAAGCAAGUCUUGUAGUGAGCGACCGUAUCGGGAGAGAUGUUUCGGCUCAACUUGACCUAGAAGAAGCCCUAGAAGCUUCUAGAUAUACUAGCCAUCCUUACUCUACUCACCCCAGAGAGUGGCCUCCCUUGGUUGAAGUGGUAGAUAGCAGGGAGUUGCCCUCAGUACUCAUAGAAAGAUAUAAUGCAGCUGGAGGGGAAGGCACUGCUUUAUGUGGAAUAUUUCCUGAGAUUCGUAGAGCAUGGGCGUCUGUAGAUAAUUCUUUAUUUCUUUGGCGUUUUGAUAAGUGGGAUGGCCAAUGCCCUGAAUACAAUGGUGAGGAACAAGCUAUCUGUGCUGUUGGGUUGGUCAAAGCUAAGCCUGGCAUUUUUGUUGAGGCUAUCCAAUAUCUUUUAGUCUUAGCAACUCCAGUCGAGUUGCUUCUUAUUGGAGUAUGCUGCUCUGGAAGCGGUGAUGGAACAGAUCCGUAUGCUGAGGUCUCAUUACAGCCUCUACCAGAAUACACAAUACCAUCAGAUGGAGUUACCAUGACAUCUAUUGCAUGUACAAAUGGUGGUCAUAUUUUUUUGGCUGGACGUGAUGGACAUAUAUAUGAGAUGCAUUAUACUACUGGUUCAGGUUGGCACAAACACUGCCGUAAAGUUUGUUUGACUGCAGGUUUGGGUAGUGUUGUUUCAAGGUGGGUGGUACCAAAUGUAUUCAAGUUUGGUGCUGUAGAUCCCAUUGUUGAAAUGGUUGUUGAUAAUGAGAGACACAUUUUGUAUGCCCGUACUGAAGAAAUGAAAAUUCAAGUCUACUCAUUAGGUCCAAAUGGUGAUGGACCACUUAAGAAGGUGACAGAGGAGAAGAAUUUGAUCAAUCAGAGGGAUCUACAUAAUGGUGGCAGGCAGUCAGCAGGAUCAAGGGCUCCUGCUCGAUCGGCAAAAACUUCUAUAGUUUGUAUAUCUCCUUUAUCCACAGUAGAGUCAAAAUGGCUACAUCUUGUUGCAAUUUUAUCGGAUGGUAGGAGGAUGUAUCUUUCAACUACUAAAUCCAGUGGAAACAGUGGCACUGUUGGCAGUUUAGGUGGAUUCAAUAGUAAUCUUCAGAAGCCAAGUUGCUUAAAGGUUGUCACAACCAGACCUGCACCUCCUUUGGGAGUGGGUGGUGGUCUGUCAUAUGGGGCAAUUCCUCUUGCUGGUAGAACUCAGCAUGAAGAUCUUUCCCUAAAGAUAGAAUCAGCACAUUACUCGUCUGCAACACUCGUACUUUCUGAUUCAUCUCCUUCAACCACGUCUUCACUUCUGAUUGUAAAUAGGGAUUCGACUACACAGUCAUCAUCAUCUGCUAGUUUAGGGACAGGUGUUAGGAGUUCUAGGGCAUUAAGAGAAUGUGUUUCUUCCCUACCAAUUGAAGGUCGAAUGCUGGCUGUGGCGGAAGUGCUACCCUUGCCUGAUACAGCUGCCACAGUGCAGUCGCUGUAUUCACAACUGGAGUUUUGUGGAUAUGAUAACUUUGGAGAGUCUUCUGAGAAGUUGGCUGGAAAACUCUGGGCUAGAGGUGACCUGCCAACACAACACAUACUACCAAGGCGGCGAAUUAUCAUUUUUAGUACUAUGGGGAUGAUGGAAGUUGUUUUCAAUAGACCAGUAGACAUUCUGAGAAGGCUGCUAGAGUCCAACACACCAAGAGCAAUAUUGGAAGACUUCUUCAAUCGUUUUGGUGCUGGUGAGGCUGCUGCAAUGUGUCUAAUGCUAGCUGCAAGGAUAGUCCAUACAGAGAACUUUAUAAACAAUGUUGUUGCUGAGAAGGCAGCAGAAGCCUUUGAGGAUCCAAGAGUUGUUGGAAUACCCCAGCUUGAAGGUAGUGGGGCAUUGGCCAAUACCAGAACUGCUGCUGGUGGAUUUAGCAUGGGACAGGUUGUUCAAGAGGCCGAGCCUGUUUUUUCAGGUGCUCAUGAAGGACUAUGUUUGUGUGCAUCAAGGUUACUUCUGCCUGUGUGGGAGCUUCCUGUUAUGGUAGCAGGGAGUGGGUUGGGUUCUUCUGAUGCUACGACUGGAGAUGGGAUAGUUGGGUGCAGGCUUUCUGUUGAGGCAAUGCAAGUUCUUGAAGACAAGCUUCGUUCUCUGGAGAAGUUCUUAAGAUCCAGAAGGAAUCAAAGAAGAGGUCUCUUUGGUAGUGUUGCUGGUUUUGGAGAUAUGACAGGUUCUAUUCUAAUUGGAACAGGUGCUGAUCUGGUGACUGGUGACCGGAGUAUGGCAAGGAACUUAUUUAGUCCUUAUUCUCGGAAUUUAGAGUCUAGUGAAGCAGGCACCUCUAAUAAAAGGCAGCGGGUCCCAUACAGCUCCGCAGAACUGGCUUCCAUGGAGGUAAGGGCAAUGGAGUGUGUAAGACAGCUGCUCCUUAGAUGUGGUGAAGCUCUAUUUCUCCUCCAACUUCUUUCUCGACAUCACGUGACUCGGUUGCUUCAAGGCUUUGAUGGGAAUACGAAGCAGGCAUUAGUUCAGUUGACGUUUCACCAGCUAGUCUGUUCUGAAGAGGGUGACAGACUUGCUACAAGACUUGUAUCUGCUCUGAUGGAGUACUACACUGGUCCAGAUGGCAGGGGAACUGUAGAUGAUAUUAGUGGCAGGUUACGGGAAGGCUGUCCAAGCUUCUACAAAGAAUCUGAUUACAAAUUUUACUUGGCUGUGGAAUGUCUUGAAAGAGCCGCUGCUGCUUCUAACAAUGAUGAGAGGGAAACACUUGCUAGAGAUGCCUUCAGUAAAUUAAGCGGAGUUCCCGAGUCUGCAGAUCUUCAAACUGUAUGCAAACGCUUUGAGGACUUGAGAUUUUAUGAAGCUGUGGUUCGGUUGCCUCUGCAGAAGGCACAGGCUCUAGACCCUGCUGGUGAUGCUCUUAAUGAGCAAAUAGAUGCUGGAGUUCGAGAACAUGCACUUGCUCAGAGAGAACGGUGCUAUGAGAUCAUCACCAGUGCUUUAUGUUCUCUGAAAGGAGAAGUUUCACCCAGAGAAUUUGGUUCUCCAAUCAGACCAUCUGCUCAGUCAUCCCUUAGUCCAGCUGCUCGGAAGAAGUACAUAUGUCAGAUUAUUCAACUUGGUGUGCAAUCAUCUGAUAGAAUCUUUCAUGAGUAUUUGUACCGGAUGUUGAUUGAUUUGGGGCUAGAGGAUGAACUCCUGGAGUUUGGAGGGCCGGAUUUAGUGCCUUUCUUACAGAAUGCUGGUCGUGAACCUACACAAGAGGUCCGGGCAGUUUCUGCUUUAACAUCAGGAGCUUCUCCAUUGCGCCAUUCCGGAGCACCCAUUCCUUCUUCUCAAACAAAGUAUUUUGAGCUUUUAGCACGAUACUAUGUGCUAAAGAGGCAGCAUGUUCUUGCAGCUCAUGUACUAUUACGAUUAGCUGAGAGGCGUUCUAGUGGUUUGGAAAAUUUCCCCACACUUGAGCAAAGGCGCCAAUACUUGAGCAAUGCGGUUAUUCAGGCAAAAAGUGCAAGUGACAGUGAUGGUCUGACAAAUUCAUCCAGGGACAGUGGGCUACUAGACUUACUUGAGGGGAAGCUAACCGUUCUGCACUUCCAAAUAAAAAUCAAGGGGGAACUGGAGGGAAUAGUUUCUAGUUUGGAGGCUUCCCCUAGUACAUCUGAAAAUGCCCCAAAUAAUUCUUUACCAGAUAGGAACCACUCUCCUGAGGCCAACUUUUUACACUCUGCAAAGGAAAAGGCGAAGGAAUUGUCUCUGGACUUGAAAAGCAUCACCCAACUAUAUAAUGAGUAUGCUGUUCCAUUUGAGCUUUGGGAGAUAUGUUUGGAAAUGCUAUAUUUUGCGAGCUAUUCUGGUGAUACCGACAGUAGCAUUGUGAGAGAAACCUGGGCCAGACUCAUUGAUCAGGCUCUCUCCAAAGGUGGCAUUGCUGAAGCUUGUUCAGUACUGAAGAGGAUUGGUUCACAUGUUUAUCCCGGAGACACUGCUGUUUUACCUUUAGAUACAUUGUGUCUACAUCUAGAAAAAGCUGCAUCGGAACGAUUGGGUUCAGGGGUUGAAGCUGUUGGUGAUGAAGAUGUUGCUAGAGCUCUUGUGGCAGCUUGCAAAGGGGCAGUAGAGCCUGUGCUCAAUACCUACGAUCAAUUGUUAUCUAGUGGCGCAAUCUUGCUGUCACCAAGCCUGAAAUUACGGCUUCUCCGGUCAGUAUUAGUAGUGCUUCGCGAAUGGGCAGUGUCAGUUUCUGCACGCGGAAUGGGCACAAGCUCGACCGGGGCUUCUCUCAUUCUUCGUGGAACCUUUUCAAUGGAUCAAAGAACUUCCAUUAACCAUGGGAUCCGUGAUAAGAUCACAAGUGCCGCAAACAGGUAUGUGACUGAAGUAAGGAGAUUGGCCCUGCCACAGACCCAAACGGAGACUGUAUACAGAGGUUUCAAAGAGCUUGAAGAAUCCCUUUUAACCUCUUUUUCUUUUGACCGAUUUUGAUUUUGUAUUUUUAUCGAUAUUCUUAUUGUAUGUGUUAUAUUCUAUGAUAAUAUCAUCCAAAAAAAUAAGAAUUUCUUGGA